AUGGCAACAUGUGAGAGUAUGUGCCCAUCUACAGAAGUCAAGUUCCGCAGUAAAAACGGGCUUAUAAAUCAAUUAGAAGCAACGGCUUCCUCUCGAAAUGGGCCCCGAUCCAAAUACGUGGCAGAUCCUCAGAAAAUGGUGAAAGAAUACUCGCGAUCAGCUGCUGACACACACAAAUACAAUAAACCCGAUUUAUUGAGACCGUUUCCAGUCUUGAUGCGUACAGUGGACUAUCUAUUGGAAUUAUACUAUGCACUUGGAAUAAGGCAGGAUAUGGUAAUGCAAAACUUGGACGGAAAGAGCACAGUCAUUCUUAUGGAGAAAAUGCUGCCGUUCUACAUUGAGACUGAUGGGCUUUGCAAAAUGAUGGUCGUACCUAGCUAUAAUCCGAAGUUGCAUGAUUUUCAGCUGGAAGAAUGCUUUGGCCGAUGGCAUGACGAAAUCAAAUCGUCAGGAGACAUUACUCCUAAUUCGUUGAUAUCUGCUGCUUUCUUCUUCAGACAACUGCAUCAAAUGGAGGGUGUUUUGAUGGUGUCGGAUCUCUCCUGGAUCCAACGAGGAGUUGCGAAGGAAAUUCCAGACAAAAUCAAGUUGAACGACGAAGAACUGAAAAAACUUAUUGAGGGAGCCAUUCCCGAAUCAACUGAUAAUGAUACAGAUGGUGAAGAUGGAGAGGAAGAAUCCGAUCAUGAAAAACCGAAAGGAAUCCGUGGAAAAGAUGUCGAAAUGAAGGAUGAAGAAUCAGAGUUCGAGAAAAAGUAUAUGCAAGGAUACAACGAGAAAGAGACUGAUGAAGAAGCAGGUGAAGAUGGUAUGAAAGGUAUUGCCAUGUAUUCAACCAACAAAGAGGAUCCUUACGUGACGGAGCAAGUUGAUUCUGAUGAGGAGGAGGAAAAAGAAGAGAUUAUGGUGCGAAAAGACGACAACAUGGUUGCUGUCGCCAAGAUUGAUAAAGGAGACUAUACGCUAGAAUGCUACGUGUAUAACGAGGCAGAUAGUGAUUGGUUCUGCCAUCAUGACUACAUCCUGGAUGCUCCUCCUCUCUGUAUUGAGCCCGUUCAACACGAUCCUGGAAAUGAAGAAACUGGAAAAGGAAACUUGAUUGCUGUAGGAACGAUGAACUCUGAAAUUCAUAUCUGGGAUCUCGAUAUCAUGAACACAGCGAGUCCAUUCUUGACCCUUGGUAAAAAAGAGAAGAAGUCGAAAGGUGGCAGAAAAAAGAGGGAUAACAGUGCUCAAGGCCAUACGGAUGCUGUAAUCUCGCUCGCUUGGAACAAACUAACACCCCACGUACUCGCCAGUGGUGGAGCCGACAAAACUGUUGUUCUUUGGGAUUUAGAUGAGGCCAAGCCAGCACAAAUAAUUCCUGAUCGUGGAGGAGAAGUUCAAACUGUUAGAUGGCAUCCAAAUGAGUCAACAUUCUUGUUACUGGGAACAAUGAAAGGACAUGUUCAAGUUGUCGACUGUCGGGAUACUACUGGAAAUGCAUCCGCUGCAUGGAAGUUUGAUGGACAAAUCGAAAAAGUUCUCUGGAAUCAUUUCAAUCCAUUCACUGUUUUUGUUUCUUCUGAUGAUGGAAGAUUGCGUCAUUUGGACUUGAGAAAACCAGGAGAGUGUAUUUGGGAAGGAGUCGCUCACGAUGGACCAAUUGGAGGUCUCACAAUGUCAGCAAUUACAAGAGGACUUUUGGUGACUGUUGGAGAAGACGAAAUGAUGAACGUAUGGAAAGUAGAAGACUCAAACGGAGGUAUCGAAAAAGUUCAUUCAGAGAAGCUCACAAUCGGAGAGCUUCAUUGUGCCCAGUUUAAUCCAGACGUAGCUGCUGUGUUAUCCGUCGGCGGAACUACUGCUGAUUUAAUUCGGGUCAUUGAUCUUACCAAAUACGAGCCGGUCGUGAAAGCUUUCUCUGAAUAA